GGUUAUCUGCACAGCUUAGUAUAACAGUGCGAUAGUGCGAUCCAUUUUCAGUAGUAGACACGUUCCAGAUUGAUCACCUACGUUUUCACAAAAUAGAAGUCUUUUCUCAGGCAGGAAAUCUACAAAUGGCUCCUCAAUACAGCACCCAAGUCACCCUUGCGACGACCACAGUUAUAGCUGUGACAGCACUCGCCUACUACCUGCGCAGAAGGGCUCGUAACAGGAUCCCACAACAAUGGGAGCCUGUGGGUAACGUUACAGAGAUGUUCAUGUACCCUUUGAAAAGCGGCAGACGUGUACCAAUUGAUAACGCAAUUUGUACUGAGUUCGGGUUCCAACCCACCGAUCCUUCCCUUCCUCAUUUUAGAGAUCGAUGCCUAGCAAUAUACCAGGAUCCAACUAAGGAAAUCAAAUCGGCUCGGGAUCAACCGAAGAUACUUCUCUUAGAGGCGGGGGUAAUUGAUAGGGACCAUUUUUGUUUGUCUGCUUCAGACAUGGGUAGCAUCAUUUUUAAAGUACCGGAUCAAAAGGUGCGCGUGAUUUUAAUAAUGUACACCGAAGUGGUACCGACAUUGGAUUGUGGUGACGAAGUGGCCGAGUGGAUUUCGAAUUACGUACUAGGCAAACCAACUGGUCUACGUUUAGGUUUUCAUGACGGAACUCACGGAAGGGAGAUCAAAAAAUAUUACCCGAAACAGACAGCAAGGAAUCCGCUCCUUGAUAACUCUGCAGCGGGCCUUUAUAGUGACUUGGCCACUUUCCAUCUCUUCACAAAGUCGUCAUUGGAAGAUCUAAAAGCGAAAAUUCCAAAUGCAAAUAUCACAAUGAAUAAUUUUAGACCGAAUAUUGUAGUGGGCGGCGAUAUUGUACCAUAUUCUGAGGACGAUUGGGAUUGGAUUAAAAUUGGCGACGUCAUCAUAAGGAAAACCAUGACCGUUCCGAGGUGCAGAGUGACUACCCUUAAUCCAGAGAGCGCGGAACCUUUAAAAAAUUAUGAGCCAAUUACGUCUAUGAAAAAGUUUCGACCAUUCCAAGCUUAUGAAAAUGAGCCACCAUCGCCAACUUUCGGCAUAUAUACCCGUUUGUGUAGUCCUGGCCUGAUAAAACUAGGAGAUACGGUUUACCUUGGAAAGUUGUAAGGAAGUACCCAUCAGGGAACGUGUACACUGUACAUGUUCUUUUGAAGACUGUAGGAUAACAUCAUCAUCUACUGACUGUGAGUUUUUCAAAAUCAAAUCAAGUGAGUGAGUGUGAUGGGACAUUGCUAUACGUUGUUACUAGGUAGAUUUAAUAUGACUUUUUUAUACAGGGUGUCCAUUAUGUAUGGAAUAUAGUAUAUAUCUCGGUAAA